UUGUUUCACAAGAAUAUACAAAUGAUAAAGAGAGAUAAUGAUGGUUUGAGUACUAUCAAAUCAAUCUGAUUCAUUCAGCUAAAAAGAACUGAGCUAGCAACUAAUUUCAUUUCAUCCAUCCCAUCAUCAGUCAAUUUUAGAUUGAAGAGUGGAGUUUACCGUGGUGUGUCAUGGCUUCUUACAAAGGCUAGUGUUAAAAUUACCCAAAUAAUUAGCUCAAAUGUAACAGUAUCGUUUACUACAUGCAUUAUCGAAUACUGUGGAGUUAAAAGCAUGCGUUUAAACCUAAAUAAUCGUGUAAAUAGUAAUUGCAACUAGAUAUAUAGGAUCUUUUUACUUCCUGUGUGGUCUAACAUUGAUUUAAAACCAAAUACAUGUGUAACUUUGAAGAUUCAACUGAAAUUGUAACAUGGCUACAGUUAUCCAGAAAAAUGGUAUCAAAGGACUGUCUAAUGGCAAUGGUCUUGUACAUCAGGUACAAAAUAUAAAUGGUUAUGAACAAGUAGAAGUUAUCAAUGAGACUGAGGAAGAAAAAUCUCAAAUCGAUGAAACUAGUGUUGAACAGUGUGAGCUUAAAAACAAUGAAUAUGAACAAGAACAAACUAUUGAAGAAAAUGAAAUAGACAUUGUAAUAAAUAAUGUAGUAUGUAGUUUUAGUGUUAGGUGUCAUUUAAAUCUCCGCGAAAUAGCUUUAUCAGGUGCAAAUGUGGAAUACCGUAAAGAAAAUGGUAUGGUUACUAUGAAACUUAGAAGACCUUAUACAACAGCCAGCAUUUGGUCAUCGGGAAAAAUAACUUGUACUGGUGCUACUAGUGAGAUAGCUGCCAAACAGGCAGCGCGUAGGUUUGCACGAUGUUUACAAAAACUUGGAUUCAAUGUGAGAUUCAACAAUUAUAGAGUGGUUAAUGUACUUGGGACUUGCUCUAUGCCCUUUUCAAUAAAAAUUAGCUCCUUUUCAGAGAGGCACAGAGAAGCUGAGUAUGAACCAGAACUGCACCCAGGAGUUACUUAUAAACUGAAAACUCCAAAAGCUACUCUAAAAAUUUUCUCUACCGGAAGUGUUACAGUAACUGCUCCAAGCGUAGCAGACGUCCAAGCCGCUAUCGAAUAUAUUUAUCCUUUAGUUUACGAAUUUCGUAAAGAAUUCACCAAAGAAGAACGGGAGGCGCUGCGCAGAAAAAAACAAAAACAACAACAAACGGGUGACAUGCCUUUUGCCGAAUAUGACGAUGAAGAAGAUACUGAAAAUAUCUGCGAAUCGAACAGUGUAAGAGAAUCCGAUAUGUGGGAUUAAACUCUUGCGUUAUUAUUUAAUUGAUUUAUACACCUUUCCUAAGUUUCUAUAACCUCACCAAAGACCAGACCUUGGACUAUUAAAAACGAAAAAAUAAAACGAAUCUUUGUUGGAAUUCAAUCAAUUUUUUUUAUAUUACAUCUGUUAAAACUGAUUGGUUUACUUAAAACUGAACAUUUGUAUCUUCAUCAUCAAAACACAUCUAAAACAAAACGCUAAAUGCUUGUUACUUAUUGGCACGUGAUUAUAUAUUUUUAUUUAUGUUAAAAUCAGAAUUAAAAAGUUGCCGACCAGUAUUUUUGUCAGUGUUUCAAUGUUAUCGGGAAAUCACAUCAUGUAAAUGGAGAAAAUAAAAUUUUUAUUAAUAUUUCGACUUUAAUCCUAAGGCUAAUGUCG